AUGGAGGUGUCCUCUGUUCUUCUCUGCAAUGGGUGUACCUCAUGGCAGGGGCUUCUGCUCACAGCCUCCCUUUUAACAUGCUGGCACCUGCCCACAGCCAUCAAAGUCAGAAUUGAAUCUGUCCCACCUCAAGUGGUUGAAGGAGAAAAUGUCCUUCUUCUUGUCAAUGGUCUGCCAAAGAGUUCUAAAGCUUUAGUCUGGUCCAAAAGUGUGGAAAAUAUGGACUAUGGAAUUGGAACAUAUUUCCUGGACAAAAAUUUAAGUGUACCAGGGACCUUUAACAGUGGUAGACAGACAGUAUAUAGCAAUGGAUCCCUACUGUUGAGAAACGUCACCAAGAAGGAUACAGGAUUCUAUAUCCUACGAAUCUUAAAUAGACAUGUAUUUAUUGUGUCAACAGCAACCAUGUACCUUCAUGUCCACACCAUCUUUUGGACUUGUGGGCGCCAUGUCACCUCUGCCCAACCUACUAUUGAAUCAGUACCACCUUGCAUUACUGAAGGGGGAAGUGUUCUUCUACUUGUUCACAAUCCACCAGAGAAUAUUAAAGCCCUUGCCUGGUUCAAAUGGAUGACUGCGUCCAAGAAACUUGAGGUUGCCCGAUAUAUACCAGGCAGGAAAGCAACUGUGUGGGGGCCUGCAUACAGUGGCAGAGAGAUGUUGCACAGUGAUGGAUCCCUGCUGCUUCAUGGUGUCACUCAGAAAGACCCUGGACUGUACACUCUAGCUAUUCUGAGAACAGAUUUGAGAAGUGAAGAAGCACAGAUACAACUCCAGGUCCACACUUCUCAUUCUCAGUUCUGCAACCCUUUCACUUCUUCCCAACUCAGGAUCCAACCGGUGCCUCGCUAUGCAGCUGAAGGGGAAGGCAUAGUUCUCCAAGUUCAUAAUCUUCCAGAAAAUCUGAAAGCCUUUUCCUGGCAUAAAUCAAAGUAUAGAAACCCGGUCCGUAAAGUUGUAGAAUACUGGAGAGCCACGAAUUCCAUCAUCUGGGGGCCUGAAGCCAGAAGAAGAGAUAUAGUGUACAAUAAUGGAUCCCUGAUGCUCCAGGAUCUCACUGAGAAAGAUGCCGGAAUCUACACACUAGCAGUUUUAAACAAAGAUUCCAAAAUUGAAAAAACAUACGUGGAAUUUUAUGUAAAGAAGUCUGUGACACAGCCCUUUGUGCAUAUCAGUGACAGAACAGUCACAGGAGGUACAUCUGUGAUCUUCACUUGCAUUUCACCCGACACUGAUGUCUCCAUCCGUUGGAUCUUCAAUAACAAGAUCUCCCUUUUAAGCUCCUGGCAUCUGUCCACAAAUGCCCAUAUGACUAUUGAAAAAGUGCCAGCCCUAGCUGCUGAAGGAGAUGACAUCUUUUUCCAUGUCAAUGAUCUGCCAGAGAAUACUACAACCAUAGCCUGGUUCAAAGGUCUAAGAAAUACAACACAAGGAAUUGGAGCAAUUGCACCGCUCUUAAAUUUGAGUAGGCCAGGUCCUAUGUACAGUGGUAGAGAGACAAUAUAUCGCAAUGGAUCCCUGCUGAUAAAAAAUGUCAACCCGACGGACACCGGAUUCUAUACUCUACGAACUUAUAAUAGUCAUGGAACUAGGACAUCAAUAACAUCCGAGUACCUCAAAGUGCACGCUUUCGUUUGGAAGUGUGGGCGCCUUGGUACCUCUUCACAGUUCACCAUUGAAUCAGUGCCACCCAGCGUUGUUGAAGGGAGAAAUGUUCUUCUACUUGUUCGUAAUCCCCCAGAAAAUAUUGUAGAGUUUGUCUGGUUCAAAGGAGUGGUUGACUUCAAGAACAUUUUGGGUAUCCGAAAUAUAGCAGACAGGAAACCAACUGUAUGGGGACCUGCAUACAGUGGUAGGGAGAGGCUGUACAGUGAUGGAUCCCUGCUGCUUCAUGGUGUCAGUCAGAAAGACCGUGGAUUGUACACACUACGAAUCCUGAGAGCAGAUACAGGAAACGAAGAGGCACUUGUGCAACUCCAGGUGGAGACUUACCUUUCUGUGUCCUGUAAUCCUCUCACUUCUUCCCAACUCAUGAUCCAGCCAUUGCCUCAGUAUCCUGCUGAAGGUGAAAGCAUAUUUCUUCAAGUUCAUAAUCUUCCAGAAGACGCGAAUGCCUUUUUCUGGUACAAAUCAAAGAAUAGGACGCCAGUCCUUAGAAUUGUAGAAUAUGUCAGAACCAUGCAUUCUGUCACUUGGGGACUUGCACACAAAAGAAGAGGAAUGGUGUACUUUAAUGGAUCUCUGGUGCUCCACAAUGUCACUGAGAAAGAUGCAGGAAUGUACACACUAGAAGUUUUAAACAAAAAUUUCGAUAUUCAAAAAGCAUAUGUGGAAUUUUCUUUAAAGAAGAAUGUGACACAGCCCUUUGUGCAAAUCACCAACACCACAGUCGCAGAACGUAGAUCUUUGAUCUUCACUUGCAUUUCACCCGACACCGAUGUCUCCAUCCGUUGGAUCUUCAAUAAGGAGAAUCUGCAGCUCACAGAGAAGAUGACUCUGUCCCCAACAAAGUGUGGACUCAGAAUAGAUCCUGUCAGUAGCACGGAUGCUGGAGAGUAUCAGUGUGAGGUCUCCAACCGAUUCAGUUCGAAGACCAGUCUCCCAGUCUCCUGGCCGUGA